AUGGUAUAUAUUCUCCUACUCAUUUCUUUCCCUUUAAUCUUCCUCUUCCUCCUCAACCACCGUAGAAAAGUCUCGGCCACCACUCGCCGCCUACCACCCGGACCACCGGGAUGGCCUAUAUUUGGAAACAUGUUCCAACUCGGAGAAAUGCCUCACCGCACACUCACCAACUUAAGGCAAACAUAUGGUCCAAUUUUAUGGCUCAAAAUAGGUGCCAUAAACACCAUGGCGAUACUCUCAGCCAAAGAAGCUACCAUAUUUUUCAAAAACCACGACCACAGUUUCGCAGAUCGAACUAUAACUGAAACCAUGCGUGCUCAUAAUUACGACAAAUCAUCCCUAGCUUUGGCUCCCUACGGAUCCUACUGGCGACUCAUGCGCCGUCUCGUGACCGUCGAUAUGUUGGUCAUGAAACGCAUAAACGACACCGUCUCCGUUCGUCGGAGAUGCGUAAACGACAUGCUGACUUGGGUUGCAAAAGAAGCAGUUCAGUUGAAAGAUGGCCGUGGACUUCACUUGUCACAGUUUGUUUUCUUCAUGAGUUUUAACUUGUUUGGGAACUUGAUGCUGUCGCGGGAUAUGUUUGAUAUGGAAUCUGAAAAUGGAUCUGAGUUUUUUAAAGCGGUUAUGGGACUCAUGGAGUGGACCGGACAUGCGAACGUGUCGGAUUUGUUUCCUUGGUUAAGGUGGUUGGAUCCACAAGGGUUAAGGAGAAAAAUGGAUAGGGAUAUGGGAAAAGCUAUCAAAUUUGCUUCCACUUUUGUGAAAGAGCGUUUGGAUUUAGAAGGAGUUCGUGAUGAUGAUGCCAGAACAAGAGACUUCUUGGAUGUAUUACUCGAGUUUCAAAGAAAUGAGAACCAGAAUUCACUCAACAUCUCAGAUAAAGAUCUCAACAUAUUCAUCUUGGAAAUAUUCUUGGCUGGAUCAGAAACAACAAGCAGCACAAUUGAAUGGGCUAUGACGGAGUUAUUAUGCAACCGCGAAUGUAUGUUGAAGGUUAAAACUGAGCUUAACUCAGUGGUUGGUGCAAAAGAUCUUGAAGAGAGUGACAUAGAAAAUCUUCCAUACCUACAAGCUGUUGUUAAGGAAUCUCUAAGGUUACAUCCUCCGAUUCCACUACUUGUUCCAAGAAAAGCAGUGGAAGAGACAGAGUUUAUGGGAUACUUGAUACCAAAAGACACACAAGUGUUUGUGAAUACAUGGGCUAUUGGAAGAGACCCAGAUGUUUGGGAGGAACCAUUGGUUUUCAAACCUGAGAGGUUUUGUGAUAGUGAUAGUAAGAGUUAUAAGACUGAUUAUAAAGGACAGCAUUAUGAGUUUAUACCAUUUGGAGCUGGAAGAAGAAUGUGUGCUGGUGUGCCUUUGGCUCAUAGGAUUCUUCAUCUUGUUUUGGGAUCCUUGCUUCAUCGAUUUGAUUGGGAGCUUGAUAGCAAUGUUACGGCGUUGACUAUGGAUAUGAGAGAUAAUCUUGGGAUAACCAUGAGAAAGUUUGAACCAUUGCUUGCUGUGCCUAAGUUAGUUGGUUUUUAA